AAACAGCUGCUGAGGAGGUGAGAACUCAGUCAUGACGAGCAGAAAAGACCUGAUGAGACUUCUGCUGAUCUCCACUCUGCUUCUGACAGGUGUGAGUUGCAAAAAGAACGCUGUGUUUGUGUACAGCAGACUUGGAGGAGAUGCCGUCCUGCCCUGCAUCAACCCAGAGUCUCCAGACUGCUCCCGGAUCACCUGGACCUUCUAUAAAGGAGGCCGGGUCCGCUACACGGAGGAGGUGAUCAACGGGGAGGUGAGGAGCAGCUCUGACAAGGCCAGCCGCAUGGCCCUCACCUCCAACUGCUCCCUCAGCCUCCAGAGCCUCAUGGUGGACGACGCUGGUUCCUACGUCUGUAAGAAGCAGGACGCUGCCAUCACUGACGUCUACCUGUCCCUCCUCUCCGUCACGUCUCCGUCCUCCAUCACAGACCUCCAGCCGGGAGGAAACCUCUCUCUCAGCUGCAUCCUCUUCACCUACUACGAUGUCGGCAGCUGCAAGUCCUACUCCAACACCUUCAACCUGAGCUGGACGGCUGAGGACGGCUCCACGCUUCCCACACACACCAGGAACGAGCACAUUUCUGACACUCGCUGCAACAUCACUCUGUUGAUAAAGCUGCAGAGCAAAGACGACAACAGGAAGUGGAGGUGUCAGGUGAACACUGCAGAGAACAGCAGGGUGGCCUUUAUAGACUUCACUUCUACGUUUCUGUUCCUCAACCGAGUCCAGUCGGCCCAGACUCUGAGUCCUCCAGCAGCGUGUCCGGUCCAGCUGCCCAUCAGCCGCAUCGUGCUCUGUGUGGCGCUGCCCUUCAUGGUGAUCACGGUGGGAUUCUUCACAUGGAGAACAGACCGCCACAGGGCCAGAACGUCUGCAGCCGCCUUCAAACUGCAGGAAAUAUACGAGUGAAAAAGAGUGUUAUAGUGCCUCCAUGGUUCAAAAAGGGCGCUAAAGUACCCUGUACACUGUAAAAAAUAAUCUGUUUAAUUUAUGGUAAAAUACCGGCAGCUUUGGUUGCCAUAACUUCAUCAUAAAAAAUACAGUGAGUGGGUUUUCUGCUGUAAAUUUAAAUGUAAAUAUCAGCAAAAACUGUGAUUUAGACUGAAUAUUCCCGUUAUUUUUAGGGUAAUUGUGUCAUUGUGAUAUUAUGGCAUUUCCCCUUUAAUUUCACAUGAAAAACUGUUUUCUACAGUUUCAAAGUUUUGUAUUUUUCCUUGAUUUACGGUAAUUGAAAGCAUAAACUUCACCAUAAACUCAAUGCACUAUACACUGUAAAAAAGAAUCUGUUUAAUUUAUGGUAAAAUACCAGCAGCUUUGGUUGCCAGAACUUCACCAUAAAAAUUACAGUGAGUGGGUUUUCUUCUGUAAAUUUAAAUGUAAAUAUAUGCAAAAACUGUAAAUUAGACUGAACAUUCCUGUUAUUUUUAGGGUAAUUGUGUCAUUUUGACAUCAUGCUAUUUCUCCAUUAACUUUACAUGAAAGUUAUAUAUUUUUUACAGCAAAACUGUGUGUUUCCUACAGUUUAUGGCAGUAAAAGUUAAAAUUUUUAUGCUAUUCUUUGAUUUACAGUUAUUAUAAGUGUCUACUACGGUGAUAUACAACUUUUAAUUUUACGCUCUAUAUCUGAUGUAAUUUGACAGUGUUUUUCUGUAAUUUCUACAAACAUUUUUUACAGUGUAGAGUGGUGAAAACGAGAGGAAGUGCCUUAUUGGCUGCCUUUUGCACAUGAAAAAAAAUAUUG